AUGAGUUUUGGACUUCUGGACUUUGCAACCAACUUCCCUAAGUUGGAGCAGUUUGAAGGCGUGGGCUUCCUUAGGUGGCAGAAGAAGAUGAAGUUCCUCCUUGCGGCUCUGAACGUGGCAUACGUACUAAGUACCCCAAUGCCGGAGGAACGAGAGGAUGAGACUCUUGAGGCUACUCGCCGGAGACUCAAAUGGGAGAAUGAUGACCUUGCUUGCCGCGGCCAUAUUCUGAACGGUAUGUCUGACACUCUCUUUGAUAUUUAUCAGUAUGAGGAAUUCUCAAAGGACCUCUGGGAUGUACUUGAAGCAAAGUACAUAUCUGAGGAUGCCUCCAGUAAGAAAUUCCUGGUAAGUGAAUUCAAUGAUUAUAAAAUGGUGGACAAUGGUUCGGUUAUGGAACAAUUCCAUGAGAUUGUCAGGAUACUUGGGCAAAUGAGGCAACAUGAUAUGCAUAUGGAUGAUUCCAUUGCCAUAGCCAGUAUCAUUUAUAAGUUGCUUCCUUCCUGGAAAAAGGUACAACGUUCCUUAAAGCAUAAAAAGGAAACUCUUACCAUGGAACAGUUGGGGGUCGACCUUCGGGUUGAGGAGGGAAUCAGACUGCAAGAAAGUAAGAAUGCAGGCAGUGCAAAAGUCACCGGGGCUUCAGGUUCUGUCAUCAACUAUGUUGAUGAAGGCAAAUCAAGUGGGAACCGUAAAGGAAAAGGGAAGCCGGGAAAGGCCACAAAUUCUUCAAAGUUUAAGAAGAAAGGAAAAGGAAAAGGAAAGGCAUCUGUAUCAUGCUAG